CCAAAAUAAAAAAUCUAGUAAUUAUUUUAACACAAGAGCCGAGUUCUUUUGAAUAAGAAAGGAGGUUCUUUCUCUUCGAAUAAUCUCCUUUCGAAAGAUUCUUCGAAAUACUUCGAUGGUGUUUAAUUCAAUUAAACAAUUAACAAUCUGUCCUGGGUUACUACUAUAUAAAUUAUGAACAUAUCGAGGAUAGGAUGCCCUGCAGGCGAUGCGGAGGGAACUUCUGGAAACUCGUCACGCUUUAUACAGCGCGGAAUUACAGUUGGAGAAAGAGCGCGGAAUUUCCCACGAGUUAAGGAUGCGUCUGCAAGUGGUUACAGACGUGGCGAACGACUCGCAUCAGCGACUGACGAAGAAUCAGGUCGAGAACGUUCAGCUGCAAGUCAAGUACGACGCGAUGGCGAAACAACGCGAGUCUCUGAUGAAUCAAGCCACAGCUGCGAAGAUGCGUGAGGUCGAAUCUAAAAUGAAAAUUCAGAGCUUGGAGGAGGAGCUGCGUCAGAGCGACGCGAGCAACAAAAGGAUGGAACAGGCGUUAAGGGAGCUCGAACAUGAUAGUUCACGUGCUAUCGUCACUAUCGAUCACAAAAUCGCGAAACUUAAGGAGGAGCAUCAAUACCUGCAAAAAUCCUGCGAGGAGAUCAUUCGCUUUAACCAGCGUUUGCAAACGGUGAGUCUGUGUACUCACGCGAUACACCACAAGGACAAAGCGAGAAUAAAAGCAUUAGAAUAUAUGCUAGCUUCAACGUCGAUCGGAAACGCAGGCACUGUGGAAAAGUUUGUAGAUUACGACGCACAUCCAUAUCCGAAGAUAAAAAAAUUAUCUCCGCCAUCCACAUAAAAAACAACAAGAUAGGAUUUCAUCAAUAAAUAUACUGACACAUGUUAUAUACAGGAUUAAUAAAAAAUGUAUUAUA